AUGAGGGGGGAGGCCGCGAUCCGGUGCAUCGUGACCCCCCGUCCGUUCAGCUACAGCUUACAGGGCGUUCCGCAUAUCCCGCCAUGCGCCUUCACUCAAUCUGUUACGGGGCCCGAGGCAAAACUCGGCCACAAUUGUAAGGGACCUUUGUCAUCGUUAUACAAGUCACGUUGA